UCCUUUGUUUUUGCUGUUAGAGCCAGAGACAAGCCGUGAAGCGGUUUGAGCUCAAAUCUACCCAAGUCUAUUUCCUCCUGGAUAUCUCGGUGCUCUCCGCUAUAGUUAGUCGGUACCGGAGCUCCUACAGAGAAGCCAAAGGUGGAUUUGAACUGAAACGUAAAAGUCAUAUCUGGAGGAAGAUCAAGAUCACCUGAUUCCAGCAAACAUGGAUGGAAGGCCCACCUGUGACCAGUGUGGAAAGACUUUCACCAUAAUGAGUGGGCUGAAGAAACACCUACGCAUUCACACUGGAGAAAGGCCAUAUGAGUGUGACCAGUGUGGAAAGACUUUCACCACAGCAAGAUCCCUAAAAAAACACCAACGCAUCCAUACUGGAGAAAGACCAUUUGAGUGUGACCAGUGUGGAAAUGCUUUUGCUACAGCAAGUGAACUAAAAAGACACCAACGCAUCCACACUGGAGAAAGACCGUAUGAGUGUGACCAGUGUGGAAAUGCUUUCACCACAGCAAGUUCCCUAAAAAUCCACCAACGCAUCCACACUGGAGAAAAACCGUAUGAGUGUGACCAGUGUGGAAAUGCUUUCACCACAGCAAGUUACCUAAAAAUCCACCAACGCAUCCACACUGGAGAAAGACCGUAUGAGUGUGACCAGUGUGGAAAUUCUUUCACCACAGUUAGUGAUCUAAAAAUCCACCAACGCAUCCACACUGGAGAAAGACCAUAUGAGUGUGACCAGUGUGGCAAUGCUUUCACCAGAGCCAGUGAUCUUAAAAUCCACCAACGCAUCCACACUGGAGAAAGACCGUAUGAGUGUGACCAGUGUGGAAAUGCUUUCACCACAGCAAGUUACCUAAAAAUCCACCAACGCACUCACACUGGGGAAAGACCAUUUGAGUGUGACCAGUGUGGAAAGGCUUUCACCACAGCAAGUAGGUUAAAAAUCCACCAACGUAUUCACAUUGGAGAAAGACCAUAUGAGUGUGACCAUUGUGGAAAGACUUACAGAUUCCUGUCUGCAUUACAUACUCACCGCCGUGUUCACCACACAAAGUUGAUGUAUCCCUGUGAUAGGUGCACAAAGAUAUUCUGGUCCUCUUCCUCUUACAAGUGUCACCAACAGACCCAUAUUGGAGAGAAUCCCACUCAGUGCAGAUUCUGUGACAGAUUUUUUUGUCACAGGUUAACAAUGUACCAAACAUGAACAUGUCAAAUAUUUCCACAAAAGACAAAAACUGAACAGUUGGACAAAAAGUAAGACUCUAGACAAUCAGUGUCAUAACACACCAAAACAGUUGGAGUGUUAUCAAUGUCCAAACAGAUCCUUGUUGUUCUCUGCUCUCUCCCAUCAUCAGCUCAGAUGUGAAUCAUCGUCUGGACCAAACAGUACCUCAGCAUCAGAUGACAAGAAGAAAACACAAUGUGUCUGAACCAGCAGCACCGACUUCUACUGACAAGAACAUCAGACUUCAAAACCUCCAGAUCAGGCUUCACAGGAUCCAGAUGUGAAAACAAACACCAGACUGAAAGCUGUGUUUUGUUGUCUUCAGAGUACAGAAGUGUGUUCUAAUCCACCACUCUGUAGCAGGAAGCAGGACGUGACAUCACUGGUAAGGCGGGGGAAGGGAAGGAUAGAAAUCAGACCCACCUGAGAGCUGUGUGGUGGAGGGAAACUCAAACAAAGGAGAGACUGGAAGGAGGUUUGAUCGACAGGAGAAGUGACAAUGAAAAGGAAAGG